UAUGUCCGGCGGGGCGACCGUCAAUUGGACAAUUUGGUGCAGCUGCCCUGGAAACUAUGGAGAACGGCCAGUCAUCGAAUUUAGCGAUUUGUCAAUUGAAUCGAGUCCGCUCGUGCGAGUUCCCUGGCACCCUGAUCCUGCCGCCAUGCCUUGACAGCUACAUACUCUACUUGUUCGCUGACGCAGCCAAGGUAACUGUUGUUCAGCUCGCCUUGACAGAGAGGCUUUGUACUUCAACGCGUGGAGCAUUCAUCGUCGUCCUUCGCCGCGUGAUGACUGGAUAGUUCAUAGGAAUCUAAGAUUCAAGCAGGUUUAGGUUUAGUCGACAUUGAUCAGAAUGGGGAAUUUCAUGCCCUUGUCUUACCCUAGAAGUCGCGGACCACCGUAUUCAGCAUCUUAGUAUUCUUAGAAAUUCUCAGAAUAGAAAACAAUUCCCUGAAUUCCUCAGUGUGUCCAUCCGCCUGAUUUAUUCAACCUAAAUACCCAAGAGGCCACAAUGAGCACGGCCAGCAGCCGGCAGUUCUCCCGGCGGCAGUCCAUAGAUCCGCAUUCCAGAACAAGCCAGUCAGCCGUUCAUGGCGCCGUCAGGUCGAAUCCCGCGAUCCCCGCGCCGACGCCGAAGGCGCGGCCGGCGAACUACGGGUUCGGCGAGGACUCGAUGAUCGGGCAGGAGAUCAAGCAGCUGGAGUCGGACUCGUUUAAUGCGGACCAGUUCAUGCAGGCCAAGUGCAAAGCCAUGAGCGAGAAGUCUUUGCGGAAGCUGUGUGCGGAGCUGGUGGAUUUCAAGCGAGCGUCGGCAGAGGAGAUGCGGAAGAGUGUUUACGCCAACUACAAGUCCUUUAUACGCACGGCGAAGGAGAUCUCGGAGCUGGAGGGCGAGCUGCGCAGCGUGCGCGCGCUGCUGACGACGCAGUCGACGCUCAUCCACUCGCUCUCCGACCGCUCGCCCAUCGUCCACUCCCACCUCGCCCACCCCGACCGCUCCGUCUACGAGGACGACAAGGAAGCUUCCUCCCAGGAGGCCAACCUGCUGCUAAUCCCGGAUAAGAUGGCGAUCUGCCUGGCGGAGAGGCGCAUAGACGAGGCGCUGGACCUCCUAGCGAAGGGGGAGGAUGCGGUGGUGAUGUGCCGCGCGGGGCACCGGCCAGCCGUGAAUAAAGACGCCCUGGAGACGCUCGACACGAGCCUAGCUGAGAAGCGCGCCGAGCUGGUAGAGCUCCUGGCAGGAAUCACGCAGCAGCCGUCGGUUCGGCGGGCGGAGCUUCGGCACGCCGUGGCUGCGCUGGCGAGGCUCGGCGACCCGAAGCGGGCCCACACGUUGAUGUUAUCCUCCCACGGGGCUCAGGUGCAGGCAGCCGUGCAGCCGCUGCGGCCAGGGGGCGUAUCCUAUGGUGCUGCUUACACGGCGAAGAUCUCACGGCUGGUGUUCUCCGCAAUCCUGGCAGCAGCACAGGACUCGAAAGCGGUCUUCGGGGACACCCCCUCGUGUGCCUCGGAGCUGGUGCUGUGGGCGCAUGGGGAAACGGAGUGGUGCGGGGAUCUGCUCCAACAGUACGUGCUGACGUCAGCGGCGGCGGCUGGCGGGCUGCGAUUGGCUGCGGAGUGCGUGCAGAUCGCAGUGGGGCAUUGUUCCUUGUUGGAGGACCAUGGGUUGGCCAUGGCGGCGGUGUUGAUGCGGCUGGUGCGGCCGAACGUGGAGCGGGCGCUGGAGGCGAACAUACGGCGGAUAGAGGAGAGCGUGCAGGCCAUGGCGGCGGGGGACGACUGGACGCUGCUGCCCGUGCCCUCCGCUCCCAGGAGCCCUGCUGCUAGGUUGCUGGCUGACGCGCCGGUGGCGAAUUUCCGGCUUACUAGCAGCGCCUACCGGCUCUACUCCAUGGUGCAGGACUUUUUGGAAGAUGUCAUUCCAAUCGUCAACCUGCAGCUGACCACGCCCACCCUAGACGGCCUGGCGCACCUGUACUCGCAGUACACAGCCAUGCUCAACCGCGCCCGCACCCCCGACGACUCCUCCAACGACUGGGACCCCUCCGCCGCCGCCGCCGCCUUCGCCGCCGCUUCCAGCCAGGGGGGAGACGGUGGGGAGGGCGCGGACGGGGCAGAGGGGGAAGGCGCGGGAUCCACAGGGAUAGUCAACAAGGCCGUGACCGACCGGCAGCAGCUGGCGCUCAUAGCCAACGCCGUCACUCUCGCUGAAGAGUUGCCAAGGCUGGCUGCGAGGUUGACGCAGCCUGUGGCGGGGCAGCGCGCGAGCAGGGAGCAGCGGAGGAGCUCGGGGGGCGAGGCGAAGCGGCAGCAGCUGCAGGCGUGGAAGAAGCAGCUGAGCGAGGGGGUUGAGAACCUGAGGAUGGGGUUCUGCCUGCAGAAGGCCACGGAGCUGCUGUACCCAGAUGCGUGCAUGGAGGAUGCCCUGCUGCCGCACCUCUACUUCCUCAUGGACCAGGUAGAGUCAGACGCGUCUCUCUGGUUCAACGACGCCCAGCCCUCCGAAGCACUCAAGAAUUUUCUCUUCACAACUCUCGCCAUAUCCGACGCAGCAUCGGAGGUGCUGGCGGGGCGGGACCGCUUUGUGCUGCAGCUGCUGACGCAGUACGGGCUGGCGCUGCUCACGCUCAUCUGCCACGACAAGGCGUGGGAGGACUCCCAGUUCUUCGUCGGCGCCACUGGCCUGCAGCAGUUCCUCAUGGACAUCUCGUUUCUCAAAGAGGUGGCGGCGCGCUACCACUUCACAUCGCGGCAGCUGCAGCAGGUGGCUGACACCAGCAUGGAGCGAGCCAGGGAGUCUUUCGACGUCAACCGGGAGUGUCCUGGGGAUGACAAAUUUAGGGAGUUGGCUCAACAAGCAAUUGAAAGGCACCUCAUUGACAAAGGCUAUCUAUAACCACAUGAAUCAAUGCAACUUGAGCAGUGGUACAGUGCAACGUGUUUCUUGAACCUUAUAGGACGUUGAGAAUGAUGCUUAGGUGAAAUCAAGUAGUUAAGCCCAUAUGCAGCUUUCUCACAUUCAUUUGUCUUAGCGUACUCUGUACCAAGAAUAUGCGAUGCGUAACAA